CGGAGCUUGCUGGUGCUGCCUGCCGUGCCGCUGGACUCUGGACGCUGCGGCGAGGAUGAGGAUAAGUCGCUUGAGGGCUUUCUGCAGACAACUGCAGGCGACUCAACUUUCAUCAAGUGCUUCGUCUUAUUUAUAGUCGUUUUAAACGAGCUUGACAAUUUUUGUCCAUUUUCGCCAGACUGGUCUGUGGUCAGCGAGAACACAGCAGAGACGCCGGUGCCAUCUGAUUGUUCAUUCAAGGCUAAACAGAGGACACAAGUCCAUUGUGCACCACCAUUUGCCAUCACUAUGGAGCUGACAUACAGGAUCAUUGGCCUGCUGGGAUGCAUCUUCCUGGACUGGGCUCCUCUGACUUGUGCUGAGGAAGAAGUGCUGAUGAAUACUAAGGUAGAGACGUCGGAUCUGAGAUGGACCAUCUUUCCACGUGCCAAGCCUGAGUGGGAGGAAGUGAGCGGUUUGGACGAGGAGGGCAACAGCGUGAGGACAUACCAGAUCUGUCAGACUGACAGCUCAUUCAGCCACUGGCUGCGUAGCGGCUUCAUCCAGCGACGAGGAGCCUCGCAAGUUUACGUGGAGCUACGCUUCACCAUGAUAGAGUGCUCCUCUGGGACCAGCCACCACCGUAGCUGCAAGGAGACCUUUAACCUCUACUACUACCAGGCCGACUCCAAUGAGGCCACAGACACGUACCCGCCGUGGAUGGAGAAUCCCUACACAAAGGUGGAUACAGUGGCAGCCGACUUUCUCCUCAGGAAGGGCGGCGAGCGGAAAUUCAACAUAAAGACCAUAAGACUGGGCCCUUUAUCCAAGAGAGGCUUCUACUUGGCCUUUCAGGCUCAGGGCUCCUGCAUGGCCUUGCUCUCUGCUAGGGUCUUCUUCAAGAAGUGUCCCCCCCUCAUUAGCGCACUUUCCUCUUUCCCUGAGACCAUUCCUCGCACUCUGGUACAGGAAGCGCAGGGUGUGUGCGUGGAGCAUGCCGCGCAGCAGGGCCCCCGAACUCGCUCUCCAAAGCUUUUCUGCGGCGAAGACGGCCAGUGGGUGGGCCAGCCGACCACCUCCUGCGCCUGUGCUCCUGGGUACGAGGCCGCCGAGGGACACACCAGAUGUACAGCUUGUCCCGUGGGUCACUUCAAGUCCAGCACAGAGGGACAGUGCACAGUCUGUCCGGGAGCAAGCCACGCCUCCAUCAGGGGGCAGUCUACAUGCGCAUGUCGCCCUGGCUCCUUCCGAGCACAAUCCGACACCCCUGACACUGCAUGCACCAGACCUCCCUCGGCACCACGCAGCAUCGCCUCCCAGAUUAACGGCACUUCGCUACGACUGGAAUGGAACGAUCCUCUGGACAAUGGCGGCAGAGCCGACCUCAGCUACAAUAUCAGAUGCCUCAUGUGCCGAACGCCGAGGAGCUCGUGCGUGUCCUGCGGCGACAGCGUCAGCUACCGACCGGCUCAGCACGCCCUGACCAGUCGUCGGUUGGAGGUGUGGGGCCUACUGCCUCACACCACGUACACGUUUGCCAUCCAAGCGCUCAACGGGGUGUCUCAGCUCAGCGGCAAGGAACCCUCCAGCGAGGGUGUCAAUAUCACCACCAGUUAUGAUGUGCCGUCGCUGGUGUCUGUGAUUCGUAAAAGCCAGUCCACAGAGAGCAGCUUAACGCUUCACUGGUCCGUGCCUGUGCAGCCACACUACACCAUUCUGCAAUAUCAACUACGCUACUGUGAAAAGGAGCGGCGCAGUGAGGAUCCCUGCCAUUACACGGAGAGUAACAAAAACCAGGCCGUGCUGACGGACCUGCGCAGAGCCACUCAGUAUGAAGUGCAGGUCCGGGCGAGAACCAUGGCCGGUUAUGGCAGCUUCAGUCCUGCAGCAGUCUUCCGCACCCUGCCCGAUGGAAUUGACUCUUCCUCUCAGUUCUUGGUGCCCGGCAUCCUUAUCGCCAUCGGGAUGCUGCUGCUCGUCACUUUCAUCUUUGUGGCUGCCUACUGCAUACGCAGACACAGCCGCAUAAAGGAUCCAGAAAUGAGCGACAAGAACAGCCAGUACUUAGUAGGCCAAGGGGUCAAGGUUUAUAUCGACCCCUUCACCUACGAGGACCCGAAUGAGGCCAUACGCGAAUUUGCCAAGGAAAUCGAUGUUUCCUUUGUAAAGAUUGAAGAGGUUAUCGGAGCCGGGGAGUUUGGGGAGGUGUGCCGAGGGCGGCUAAGGGUCCCCGGAAAAAAAGAAAACUACGUCGCGAUAAAGACCCUCAAAGGCGGCUACACCGAGAAGCAGCGUCGUGACUUCCUGUCCGAGGCGUCCAUCAUGGGACAGUUCCAGCACCCCAACAUUAUACACUUGGAGGGAAUCAUCACAGCCAGCUGUCCGGUUAUGAUCCUCACCGAGUUCAUGGAGAAUGGUGCUCUGGAUUCUUUUCUGCGGCUUAACGACAGCCAGUUCACGCCCAUCCAGCUGGUGGGGAUGCUACGCGGCAUUGCCUCGGGCAUGAAAUAUCUGGCCGAGAUGAGCUAUGUCCACCGAGACCUGGCGGCCCGCAACAUCCUAAUCAACAGCAACCUGGUGUGCAAGGUGUCCGAUUUUGGCUUGUCACGUUUCCUGCAGGAGAACUCUUCUGACCCAACCUACACCAGCUCCCUGGGAGGGAAGAUCCCAAUCCGCUGGACAGCGCCGGAGGCGAUCGCCUUCAGAAAGUUCACAUCAGCUUCAGAUGUGUGGAGCUACGGUAUCGUCAUGUGGGAGGUCAUGUCCUUCGGAGAGAGGCCCUACUGGGACAUGAGCAACCAAGACGUAAUCAAUGCCAUCGAGCAAGACUAUCGGCUGCCGCCUCCGCCCGACUGCCCCACCCACCUACACCAGCUGAUGCUGGACUGCUGGCAGAAGGAUCGCUCGGCCCGGCCUCGUUUUGCUGAACUCGUCAGCGCCUUGGACAAACUGAUCCGGAACCCCGCGUCGCUGAAAAUCGUCGCCCAGGAGGGAGCGGGGCCCUCCUACCCCCUGCUUGGCCAGCGGUCGCCGUUGGCCCUCUCGUCCUGUGCUUCGGUGGGGGAAUGGCUGAGGGCCAUCAAGAUGGAACGCUACGAGGACAGCUUCCUGCAAGCUGGACUCACUACUGUGGAGCAGCUGGGACAGAUCACAACACAAGACUUGCUGCACAUGGGUGUUACUUUGGCCGGCCAUCAGAGGAAGAUCCUCUCUAGCAUCCAGAACAUGAACUUCCAGAACAAGAGCACAGCACCAGUGACCUUCUAGCUUGUCUGAACACGGAUGUCAAAAAGUUAGCCCAGAGCGCUCUGGAUUCCUCUCCUGUGACCUACAUUGGACCCGAAGCGACACGUUGUCAGAAUUUUUUUAUGAAUAACCCGGAAAACUGAGAAUCAAUGCGAGUUGCCUGGAGCUCAAUCAUCACAGAAGAUGCCGACACGUGCAGUAGGCUGCGCUUAUGUGUCGAAGGACCCCGAUUUCAAGUGCCAAGCUUAGAGAUGAGUAAAGAACAUGGUGAUGAAAAGCAGCUGCUUGUCAAAUGCAGUAAAGAAGCUAAAGGCCAACGAGAAGGUCUCGCUGUUGUGUUCACCCAAGAACCGUUCACGCAAGUCUGCUUCCAUCUGGAUCACAGCUUUCAUAUCAGCAAUUGAACACUUGAACUGUGUUGGAUUUUUUUUUUUUUCUGUCUAUUUGAUUUCAAAGUGACCUCUCUUUACUCAGGUGUGACGUGUAAAGCCGGCUUUGCCGUGCUGGCUUCUCAUUAUUACUCUUCUCAUCCUCCUCUGUCUGGCUCUAGCGUGGAGGAGAAGAAGAAAGACAGCACUUGUCGCAACGGCGGGAAUUUUAAUAUCCGUUAUGCUGUGACUUUUUCUACAGCAUGCUUUGACGGAAAUGUGAACAUGGACCAAAACGUGACCAGAAACUUUUCUGGCCUCAAAUGUCAGUGCUUAUGUUGAUUAUCUUCAAGGGCCAUUUGUGUUAAAAUAAGAGUCCAUUUUUGAGAGGUUGAAUAUUUUUACUUCAUUUCAAUGUACAGCAACUAUAUUUUUAUUCUAUUAUUUUUCUUUUCAACGUUGUAAAUUGUUUCUGUUUUUGCCUCUGUACAAAAAGUCUUCUUCAAGACUCCGAUUACAAAUAAUGCACCCAGUGUGCCGAAUCCCCUGGUUUCAGAAUGGAAUGCUAAUAACUGCACAGAGCUGCUGUUUGAUUAGCACCACCGCCCCCUCCCUUGUCUUACUGACUACAGGCGCUUGCUUGGUAAAAGAAAAGACUGUAAUUCCAUUUUUUUUUUUUACUCCCAAGAUUUUGCAUCUUUUUAAAAUAAGGCCAGUCUUUCUGGCAUUUAUGGCAAUUGGUUUACAUAACGUCCCCCAGGAGGUUGACAGCCCUGCAGUGCAUGGGGGAAUACAUACUGCCAAACAGUAAAGUCACAUUCGAAAAGGCGCACCACUUCUUGCAAAACGGUUUAUCCUCUGCACCAUAAAACACAGAAUGCUUUUUUUUAACUGGCAUUUUAGAUUUUAAUUUGCAAACCCUUCCCUCGUUUUUCUUUUCUUCGCUGUACCUGAUGGAGCAGAUUUUAGCUCACGGGAGCUUAAAUAUGGCUUUUUUAUCAUCUGGGAUCAUUUUCAGUGGCUUUAAGAAGAUUGAGGCGCAAUUAACCCUCGCUGAUUAACAAGAAGACGCCAAAAUGAGGUGCAGGAAGUGUGCGGGCGUUUUAUGGCUAGGCUUUUGUAAUCAAUAGAAAGUGGACUCAAGACUCCAAUCAGUGUAAAUCAAACUGGCGCUUAGUGUGCCAUUUUUCUCUAAAGCUCAUCUAAACCAUGACAAGCCUUCAUCCAAAGCACUGGGGAUGUGACGCAAGCAUGUCAGUAGUUCCUUAUGAAGGAUCGUGGCAAACGUGGUCUUCAUAUUGAAGAUCUCAAUAUUCACUUUGAAAUAAUAGAUUUUAAAAAAGAUGUUUGAUUACUGUCUGAUGUGUAGGAUAAUUUGUAUUCAGUAUUCAUAAAUAAAGACACUCAUAAAUA